UAAUAUUAACAUCAAUCGGGUCUAUGUAAGUCAAAUUGCAAUUUUGUAUAUUAAUUAACAAAUCUAAAAAUCAAUUAGAACACUUGAUAAACAUGUCAUGACUCAACGUUCUUUUCCGUUUAAAAUGUAGUUUGUCUUUUUCAAUUAUUUCACCAAAGUGGCCGACCAUAGACUGGUCAUAUAAUUCAUCAUCUUAAUUUUCAAAGGAAUUGAAUUAUUGGAGUUGAAUAUUCAAUUGUAAUGUACUCCCACAAUUCAAUAUUUGCAAAUACUCCUAUCCUUUGCGACGUUCAUUAUUUCUCCCACAUUUGACAUUUCCUUCUCUUAUCUUCUCGCAUUCCACAAAAUUUAGCUACAAAUUGCUCUGAUUCUUCUCCUUGUUCUGCAAAAUUUAUCUGAAAUCCAAAAAUGGAGGCUGUUGGAAUAGCUUUAUCUGCUGCUCAAACUCUUUUUACUGCCCUGCAAUGUUGGCAGCUGAAAGAGAUGUGUUCCAUCUUUGGCAAGGAAUCCGAACUUGUUGAAUUUCAGAAUAUUGUUGAUACUGUCAAAGCUGUGCUCCUGGAUGCAGAUAAAAAAGACAACAUCCCUGAUAAAAAGACACAACUUUACAUUCAGCAGCUUAAGGAUGCUGUGUAUGAUGCCGACGAUCUGCUCGAUGAGUUCGUCACUGUCGCUGAGCAGAUUCAGCAAAUGAAGGGUGGGAAAGCCUCUGAAAAGUUGCAUCAUUUCUUUUCUAGUCGCAAUCCUCUUGCUGCUGCUUUCAAUGUGUCUCGAGGUGUUAAGAAGAUUAGGAAGAACUUGGACGUUAUUGCCAGUAACCAUAGUAAUUUUGGGCUCAGUGUUCACUCCAACUUUAGUGUUGACUCUCAACCUAUUAGGAGGAGGAGGGAGGAGACUUGUUCUUAUGUGUAUGAGCGUAAUGUCAUUGGAAGAGAGGAUGACGUAGAGAAGAUAGUAGGCGUGUUAUUAGAUUCUAACGUUAAAGAGGAUGAUGUUUCUUUCUUGACUAUUGUUGGAAUUGGUGGGCUAGGGAAAACUGCGCUUGCCCAACUUGUGUUUAACGAUGCAAGGGUCACAAGUGCAUUUCCAUUGAAGCUAUGGACUUGUGUCUCUGAUCAUGAGCGGGAAAAGUUAGAUGCUGAAGGAAUCCUUCGCAAGAUUUUGGCGUCAGCUAUUGGUCAUAAGGAUGAGGAAUCCACCAUGGAUUUUGUUCAAUGUCAACUUCGAGAACUUCUUGUUCGCAACAAAUACUUGCUUGUCUUGGAUGAUGUGUGGACUGAGGAUCGUAAUGACUGGCACAAUCUGGUAGAAUUCUUAUUGGGAGUUCAAAAGGGAAGUUGGAUUGUGGUAACAACACGCUCGCAUGAGACAGCGAGAAUUGUAGGAGAUGGUUCAAGGCAUAAAUUACAAGGCUUGUCGAAAGAAGAUUCACUACUUUUGUUUGAGAAGAUAGCAUUUGGAUCUGAAAGGUCAAACGCCCAUCAUGGAUUGGUCGAGAUUGGGCGAGACAUUGUUGAGCAGUGCGCAGGAGUUCCACUUGCUAUAAGAGUGGUAGGAAGUCUUUUGUAUGGUCAAGAUAUCAGCAAAUGGCUUUCAUUUCAGAAGAUUGGGUUAUCCAACUCGAGAGACAGCCAAAAGAAUAUCAUGCCGAUAUUGGAACUUAGUUAUCAUCAGCUUGAGUCUCCAUUGAAGACUUGUUUCAGUUACUGUGCACUAUUCCCUAAAGACUUUGUGAUUAAAAAAGAAGUGUUAAUAUGUCUCUGGAUGGCACAGGGUUUCAUUGUUCCAUUAGAUGAAGGUCAAAAAGUGCAAGAUGCAGCUGAGGAAUAUUUUUCCAUUUUGCUGAGGAGAUGUUUUUUUCAAGAGGUAGAAUGCGAUGAUUAUGGUGGGAUUUUGGCAUGUAAGAUACACGAUCUCAUGCAUGAUAUGGCUCAAAAAUUAGCAGGGAAAGAAGUAUGUGUAACAAAUUCUGUCGUCAACAAUGUGGGUGAAAAGGUUCGGCAUUUAGCCCUUGUAAGAGGUAGAUGUGCACAACACUCAUUUACCAAGAACCACAUUCGUUCUUAUCUUUUUGUGGGUGGACGAUCAGUAGAUACUAAGAUGCAGCAACACUCUGUAGAGGCAUUAAUAUCAAAGUGGGUGUGCCUAAGGGCAUUAGACUUAAGUGAAUCAGGUCUGAAUAGUUUGCCAGACUCAAUAGGUGAAUUGCUCCAUUUAAGGUUUUUAGAUCUUUCAAGAAAUUAUUAUUUGAAGGUGCUUCCCAAAUCAUUCACAAAACUGUGUAAUUUGGAGACUUUAAUAUUAACCCGCUGCUUAAGUUUGAUUGAGUUACCGAAAGAUUUGAGAAAGUUGGUAAAGCUAAGGGUAUUGGAUAUAAAGCAAUGUAAUAGGUUGACGAGUAUGCCUAGGGGCAUAGGUAAGUUGAGCUGCCUUGAUACGCUAAGUAGGUUUCUCGUGAGCUCACCAAGCUGGAAGCAAUUAUUUGAUGAUGUUGAAGAACUUAAAGAUCUCAGAAAUCUAAGAGGUGCGCUUAGUAUGGAAAUCACAUUCCCUAACAAAUGCAAUGAUCUAGAAGUAGAUGGAGGGGAUAAGAUGGAAGGAGCAUAUUUGACGAAGAAACAACAUCUUAAUGUCAUUACAUUUCAAUUUUCUGGAAAAGCAGAUGCUGAUGAGGAAGCUUUGAGAUUGAUUGAAGAAUUGCAACCACAUUCUAAUCUCAAGGGGUUAGAGUUGUGUGGAUUCAUUGGUGCAAGAAUGCCAAGUUGGGCAAGGGGGGAUAACUUAACAGCUUUUCUCCCUAAUCUCAUUAGGUUACAGCUUUCAAAUUUAAGCAUCAAGUAUGUGACAUGCUUGGGAAAUCUGCUCCAUCUAAAAGCCCUUAAAAUUGAGUUUUUGAGUGAAUUGGAGAACAUAAUCGAGUAUAGUGAACCAACAACUUCAACUUCAACGAUAGCUGCAGUUAGAUUGACAAUGGCAACGACUGAGGGACUAUCAUCAUCAUUGUUUCCCUCACUUGAACGACUUGAGUUAAUCUUUCUCCCAAAGUUGAAAGGAUGGGGGAGAUCAAGGAUGGGGGAUUGGGUGGAAGAUGAAGGUGAGCUCAUCCAUGAUAACAAUAGGAGCAUGGAACCAUUAUUGCUUCCUCAUUUGAAAACAUUAAGAAUAAAGAGUUGUCCAAACCUAGAAUCUACCAUGUUGUGUCCUUUCUUAGAAGAGUUAAACCUCCAAAAAUACAAUAAAAAAACAUUAGAUAUAGUAAGACCCUUGUCCCUGGCUCUUAGUAAGGAAAUAGAGAUAAAGAAAGCGGAGGCACCUAGUUUGAGUUGUUUUAGUAGUGGUACAAGUUGGAAGACUAAAAUAAGGGACGUGGAGUUACUAAAGUCGCUGCCGAUGGAGAGUCUUCCAAGCCUUGAUCACAUGCAUAUAGUUGAAGACAAUGAUGUGGAGAGUUUGGUAGAAGUUGGGGAGGUGAUCUUUAGCAACAUGACUUCCUUGCGAGUGUUGAAUAUUGAAAGUUGCUCCAAUUUGAGGAGUGUUUCUGGCGGAGGAUUAGAGCAUCUCACUUCCUUGGAGCAUUUGGGGAUUAACGAGUGCCCAAAUUUAAGUUUAGCGGAAGAAGAGAGACAGGAUGGCAUUGACGUUGGCAUCCCAUGGAGAUCCCUUUCUCAUUCUCUCUGUCACUUGACAUUAGCAAAUCUUCCGCAGCUGGUGGAUCUGCCCAAUCAGAUGCAGUUCUUGACUGCCCUCCGGAUCCUUGAAAUUGAUAAUUGCCAAGGGCUGGAAUCACUGCCGAAUUGGAUGCCAAAACUCAUCUCCCUUAGACAUCUUGGAAUCUGGUUUUGUUUAGCACGCCUUGAGGAAAGAUGUCAAGAUUCAAAUGGAGAGGAUUGGCCCCACAUUGAACACAUUCCCUCUGUUGAAUUCUUGUUUUGUUUUUAUUAGUUAUACUCCAUAUACAUUAUCAACGAAUAGCAAGAGUAAUCUCCUCAUAUAUUCUCUCUCAUCAUGGAUUAGUUUAGCUACUUGUAUUUAUUCCAUUUAUUUACGACCUAAGUUUGAAGUUUAUUCCUAAAAUUUCGUGCGUACGACGUUGUGCAUCUCCGACUUCAUUAUACUGUUGUGGUGUAUUAAUUAUGGUGUUUUGAUUCCUCGGCAAUAGGCUAAUCCCUUAAUCUUUACUAGAGUAUAGAUGUUCAAAACAUUAGAAUCGUUUAUCCAUUAUUAUUUUUGAGUUGUGACU